AUGCGGGUGUUGGAGAUCUACACUAAGCAAUGCCAUCGUGAUGGGCAUUCGGAAGAGGCAUGGGAAGCGGCAGAGCAUUUACGGCAGUUGAAGAAAGAGCAAGCGAAAAUUAGAUGGGAGGAGACGGAGCGACGCCACGCUGAAGAACUGAGGGCUCUCGAGGAGGAGCUACGACAGGAAAAGGAAGAAUGCUAUCACCAGUGGCAAGAAAUGAGGUUGCCUCAGCUCGAGAACAGCAUUGAGGGGAUCAGAGUGGCUCUGGUUGAGAGGCAGGAUUUGGCGGAGGAGCGGUACGUACGUGAAUUAAGAAAAGGGAGAGAUCGAUUUAUUGUCCCUAAGAGAAUUCUGGACCUGACCUCGAAAGCUAGGUUCUUCGCAUUGCACGGCGAAGAUGAAAAGGCGUGUGAGGUGAUGGCUGUGGUGGAGAAGGAGGAGGUGGAGUGUAUAGGGAGGCAGGAGGACUUGAGGAGAAGGAAGCUGGCGAAAUUAACGACUGAGUUUGUGGACCGCCAAAAGGAAGAACGUGUUGCUGUUGAGAAGAGCGUCGAGGGGAUGCGGAGAAAAGUGAUGGAGGAGAAACGGAGGGAAUUGACAGCUCUCCAGAGACGGGCUGAUCGACGACUAGCAGCGUUGCAUAAGAAGCAGAAGAAGGAACUCUCUAGGAUGCCCCGACUGGAUUCCAUUAACGAGAAAUGUCAUGACUUUCGACCUUUCACGAGCCGCCUUAGCGGUGUUAGUGUGAGGGAAUCAAUAAACAGAGAAUCUCGGUCCACAGGGAGCUCCACUUUUGAUCGUCUCGUUGGGGCAGAAGUAUUCGGGGCCACACUUAACCGAGCACUUGAUGAAGACGUUGAGAAAAAUAUGAAAGUGUAG